UCUCAGCAACAAAGCUGAUUGCGCACGAACCAAGUUGGGAUUCUUCAUAGUCCAUGAGGAUCUACAUUUUAAAAAUAGUCCCACUCAAAAAGAUUUUUAGCACCUCAGGCGGUUCCCUCGUUAGACUUGUCUAAAUUACGAAUUUUAUUUAGGUUGUUGUUGGUGAUAAAGUUGUAUUAAUGCCCUAUAGUGGAGGUCAACCAUUACACGUUAGCGAAUUAGAACUACCUGAUCAUCCCGGCUCAAAAGAGAUUCAGGUCCACGUACAUCUAGAUGCACGUGGAGCUGAAUCUAGAUAA